AUGGAUGCCCCUUCAACCUCCAACUCUUCGGCUCAGCAGUCUCCUUCUGUCCAAAUGGUCCCUCAACCAGCUCCCACCCAAGGCAACAACCCAUCAACCGCUCCUUUCCUUCAAGACUUUACACUCAUUGCCGAGGCUGCAAAGCGAGCCCAGAUGGCCAUCAUGAUCCGCGACUUUGAAGACUGUGGCCUGUAG